AUGUUCUUCACACAAUAUUUUUCCAACAGUGGGGAUCGAACCGACAACCUCUCGCAAGCGACAGGUGCACUAUCCAAUCGGGCGCACAUCCUCCAAGUCGUCAGACAAGUGUACAUAGAGCAGGGCUCACCCUCCCCCCGGGCGCCGCGAGCGCAUCUCUUCUCACCGCCCCCCUGCCCGUUCCCCUGCGCCCCCUCCCCCGUCGCCCCCACAGCCCCCGCCCCCGCCCCCUACCCCCCCGAGACCGCCCCCGCUGGACGCUCGGACUUGGACACGCAAGCGCCGCCAUCGCUCUACGCUCGGAUAUUGCACCUCCUCGGCUCGAGGGGCUUCCCCGGCCCCGGCACCGGCACGGUGCUCCCCGGGCCGAGCCUCCCCGCGCCCGUAGAGCCGACCGGCUGGCGAGGACCGCUGGCUCCUGGCUCGCGUGCGCCGCUGGCUCCCGGUUCCCGUUUACCGCUGGCUCCUGGCUCGCGUUUACCGCUGGCUCCCGACUCGCGGGCACCGCUAGCUCCCGGCUCGCGUUUACCGCUGGCUCCCGGCGCUAGAGGACCGGUGGCUCCUGACUCGCCGCCGACUCCUGGCUCACUCGGCACCGGAUCUAGCGGAUCGGCGGCGGGCUCGCGCGAGCUGGUGGACACUCUAGCAUCAGAGGCAGACUGGUGGCGGGCGGCGGCUGGCUACGUGCAGCCGGCGGCUGGCUCGUUCGACCCCGCGCCCGGCUCGCAAGGGCCCUCCCCA